GUUAUGUUCCGUUGUUGGCGUAACGUGGUGGGAGGCUGUUAACGACGAAAAACACGACAAGUUUGUGCGCACCGCCCCGUUAACUGUUUGUGACUGAACGUCAAUUGAGCGGUUCAUUUAGCUUGUCAGUUGAGGCUUUUGACACAGAAUCUCGUGGAUCCGGGGCGUUGUACCGAAAAUGAUAUUGAAAUUGUAAACAGUUGUGAUAGGGUUGUUCCACUGUGGUCCGGGCUGCGUGAUAAACAAACUGUUAACAUGAGUCAGCGUAGACGGUGCAAUGUGAUUUUAAGCGGGAAUAAUGGUGCGUUAGAUAAGAAGUGUUAAUCGCUCGGAAAAUCGUUUUGGAGAGCAAUGGAAGAUGAACAACCGGCGAGGGAGGCGAACAAGAUCUGUGGUGUCUGCGGAGACCGUGCUCUUGGUUAUAACUUCAACGCGGUGUCAUGCGAAAGCUGCAAGGCUUUUUUCCGUAGAAACGCUUUGAAAAAUAAGGAUUUUCGGUGCCCCUUUAAAGAGAAUUGUGAUAUUACGCCAGUGACAAGACGUUUUUGUCAAAAAUGCCGUCUAGACAAAUGCUUCAGUAUUGGCAUGAGAAAGGAGUAUAUAAUGUCAGAGGAGGACAAGGUACUAAAAAGACAAAAGAUAGAACAAAAUCGUGCAAAGAAAAGGCCACCUGUGGAAAGCACAAAGGCGUCCAAGAGUAAGAAAAGUUGCAUUGAAGAUUGCAAUUUCGAGGAUACUUCUAUGUCUGUUAAUUCAGUUGCAUCAACUGUGUCUGAUACAUAUUUUUGGGAGUCUGAUAGGAAAUAUACUGAUUUAGAUGCAAAUAGGCAGAAUGUAGCAGAAAGUAUGAGCCCGGUAACGGCUGCUAGCGUUCCAAGUCCUUCUAGUCCACCACAAAAUGGAAUCAUAACCGGGUCGAAGACUCUUGACAUGAUGAAAGAUUCUUCUCAUAGUUCUAGUUCCAAUUAUGACAGUUAUGAUCAGUCUUCCCACCAUGAGGAAAAUGAUAUUGAUAUGGAAAAAUUUAAAAUCGAUACUAGUCCCCUCACACAGAAUGAACAAAGGUUUGACAAAGUGAAACCAAUAACUCAUAAUAUAGAAAAGAACAAAAAGCUUGUUACAUGCUCCGGGAAGUUUGAGCAACAUGUAUUGGACUUGAACUCUGAGUUUGGCUCGAAUAACAACGAAUCUGUAAAAUAUUCACCCGAAUUUAUCAAUACGUCUGAUUACAACAAGUACGGACGUAGCCCUGUACAAAACUCUAUAUAUUCGGAUCACGAAUCACAUCCGAAAAAGCAAAAUUUCGAUCUACAUCCAGGUACACCCGUGAAUUUGCAUUCUUGUCCAGAAGAACAAACAAUAUGUGAAAAACCAGGAAAAGAAACGUGUUCAAAAGAAAACGAUGUAGUCACAAAGUUCUCUGAUGAACCAGUUCCAGUCUCAGUGCUUGUUAAUAAUUCUAAUUUUAUUGCCAAGUUACUGCAAAAUCAGGACAUACUUCUGAAAAUUAUGACAGAUUCUGCUGUUGUUAACAAACUGAAAGAGGAUCCACAGAUUUGUGAGUUCCUCAAAGAAAACAGUCCAAUCGUUGAAAGAAAACCAGGAGCUGAACACAAUGUAGAAAUUCAGUAUAAAGAAGACUCAAAGUUCACCAAUAUUUCAGGUCAUGUAUUUGAGCAAUCUAUUAAGGUGAAAGAGAAGCACGUCGAGAAUCCGAUCUUAACGGAUCUAAUUACAAAUUCCAAUCAAGAAGAAUGUGUAAAACAACACAUGGAAUCCGGAGGCAAUGACUGGAACAAAAAUGUAACAGAUGUUACGAGGGAUGUACUCCAAGAUGUACAAAGAGUACCAAUUGUUGCAAACUCCAUUGAAUCUAUUCUUUGUGAGGCAAUCAAAUUAGAGUUUUCAGCAUAUUCUGCUCUUGGAGGUAUGGAGUCCAGAAGGGAAUUGAACGAUGCUGAAAGAGCAAAGUUGAAUGAAUUAAUAGUAGCUAAUAAAGCAUUGUUAGCUCCUCUAGAUGAGGAUAUAACAAAUUUAAUUGAGGAAGAUUGUAAAUUUAAGAGUAACUUUGGUCAGUCCGAUCCAGCAUUACUAGAUGUUAUAAAUUUAACUGCCAUUGCCAUUAGACGUUUAAUUAAAAUGGCCAAAAAGAUCAACGCUUUUAAAAACAUGUGUCAAGAAGACCAAAUAGCCCUUUUGAAAGGGGGCUGUACGGAGAUGAUGAUUUUAAGGUCCGCCAUUAAUUACGAUGCCGAAAAAGAUACGUGGUGGAUACCACAUAGCCAAGAGAGCAUGUCGAACAUAAAGGUCGACGUGUUGAAAGAAGCGAAGGGAAAUCUUUACGCCGAGCAUGCACGAUUUAUAAGAAGCUUCGAUCCAAGAUGGCGAGAUGAAAACAUUAUUUUAAUUUUAAGUGCAAUCUCCUUGUUCACGCCUGAUAGACCGAAAGUGGUGCACAAUGACGUCAUUAAACUGGAACAAAAUUCGUAUUAUUACUUGCUUAGACGUUACCUGGAGAGCGUAUACCCAGGCUGCGAGGCAAAGUCCAUGUUUUUGAAAUUGAUUCAGAAAAUAUCUGAUCUUCACAGACUGAAUAAUGAAGUUGUCGGAGUUUAUCUUAAUUUAAAUCCAUCCAGAGUGGAGCCACUUCUCAUAGAGAUAUUUGACUUGAAACAUUGAUCAAUUUAUUUAUUCUCUCAAUCUGAUGAACAGGCAAACUAAUUAGUUUUCUUGAUCGUUUUUUUGCGGCUACUUCAUUCUACAUAAAUACAAAACCAUCACAAUUGUUUUAGUAAUUAUAUGUUUGUAGAAAUAACAUACAGCAAUAAUUUAAAUGUAUAAAGAAAAGAUAAGUAACGUAAAAAUGAUAAAUUAUUCGAUAUUAGAAUAUCGUAUUGCAAAUAUAUAUGUAUACACAGAUUAUGUACAUACAUAUAGACAUGGUUAUAAAGUGUACUAGUAUAUACGAUUAAUGUUGAUGCUUAAAAUUUAAAA